AUUUUAUAUUACCUACAGGGCCACAAAAUAAAAAGUGAUGAAAAGCAAACAAAUGUUUCUCCUAUCAAUUUUUUAUGCUUCCAAUCCUUCUGAUGAGUCACGAUGCAACUCUGAUAAUUGAAGUAUUGCCAGAGUUAUGUGGAGACAUUGCCUAAUUAAUAAACAAAAGAUUUAAGUCUAAAAAAUUUACCAAGUCAGAUAUAUGAACAAAUACAUGUAUGUAAAGAGACUGCUGCUUAUAUAAAUUUAUUUUUAUAUACGAUAAUUGUAUAUAGCACUUGAAUUUCCAAAUCUUAGCACUCUAUAUAUUCAUCCACUGCCAGUAUGCCAUCCAGCGGUUGAUAGCUAAGAUUUAAUAAGACAUUACAGUUUGUAUCUGGUAACACUUCUUAAACGCACAUGCUUUUGUUUAACAAUUUUGCUGUUCUGAUCCUAAAUAAAACUUCCUAAUUUAAAAUGAGACCUGUUAAGAAAGAUAGGAUUUUACUUAGUUCUAAACCUUUAUCAGGUAUUAAAAAAACCAAGCCAAUAAAGGUACUAAAGGCUGUAAAAAGAGUAAAAGAUAGAGGUGAGAAAACAAAAUUGACUUUUAAAAAUGUGGACACAACCAGUAAAGAAGAAUCUAAGGAAAAAAAACAGUCCACCUACAAAGUAAUUAAAACGCCAAAAUAUGUGAAUACAUCUUUCAAAUCUCACAUAAACCAACUUGAAAAUUUAAAAGAUAUCGAUCCUGAGUUCUAUGACUUUUUGAAGCAAAAUGAUAAAAAAUUGUUGGAUUUCAAUUUGUUUGACAGUGACGAAUCUGAGGAUGAUAAUGAAAGUAACAUUGCAAUGCUCAACAGUAAAAGUAAUUCAACGACAAACGAAAAGAAUGGUGAAGAAACCGAUGAUAAUGAAACUGAUGAAGGGAAGUAUCACACACCUAAUAAAGAAUUAGAAGUCGCAAGUGACGAAAGUGACUAUGAGAACGAUUAUGAGGAUUCUGUUCCUGGUGGCACAGAGAAAGUAACAUUAAAUCUAUUACGUCAGUGGCAAAUAGAACUUGAAAAGGAAAAUGUAUCAGUCGAAAUUGUUCGCAAAGUUAUUCAGGCGUUCAGUUCCGCUUUGGAAAGUAUUUCUGCGAAUGAAAGGAGUAUAAUACCAACUCAAUAUAAAGUGGUAGGUUCAGCAAUUUUUAACGGGGUUGUGCAGCUUUGCGUGUUGCACAUCCAACCCGCAAUUCUUCGCAUAUUAGGUUUAAAUGUGCGUUCAACAGCUCCGCUACAUAAAACCAAAAAAUGGGCUAAGGUGCGAGGCUGUUUGCGAUAUUAUUUUACUGAUUUAAUACGAUUGGUAGAACAAGUAUCUAGUGCAAACAUACUCUCAGUUUUAUUGAAACAUUUACAUCAAAUGGCUGGUAUGAUUGCCUCAUAUACAUCUCUUGGAAAAACUAUUCUUAAGCGAUUAAUUGUAUUAUGGUCGACUGGGGAUGAAACAAUUCGAGUGCUAGCGUUCCUUUGUAUAUUGAAGAUAACUCGUAAUCAACAGGAUUCAAUGUUGCAUCAUGUCCUAAAAGCUAUGUAUCUCUCAUAUGUACGUAACUCAAAAUUUGUGUCCCCAAACACGCUACCCAGCAUAAAUUUCAUGCGAAGAUCAUUGGUAGAAAUAUUUGCUUUGGAUUUAAACACAUCCUACCAACACGCUUUUCUUUACAUCCGACAAUUGGCGAUUCAUUUGCGUAAUGCGGUCAUAUUAAAAAAAAAGGAUAGCUUUCAAGCUGUUUAUAAUUGGCAGUUUGUUAAUUCUUUGCGUUUAUGGGCUGAUCUAUUAGGUGCUACAACGAAUAAACCUCAAUUGCAACCUCUUAUUUAUCCACUUGUCACUAUAACAUUGGGAGUGAUUCGUCUUAUACCAACUGCGCAAUACUUUCCAUUGCGUUUCCAUUGCUUAAAGAUGCUGAUAACUAUGGCUAGAGAAACACGCAUAUUUAUCCCCAUUCUUCCAUUAAUAAUUGAAGUUUUGCGGAGUAAUACUUUUAACCGUAAGCAUACAGUUGCCUCAAUGCGUCCAUUACAGUUUACCUGUGUUUUGAGAUUAAACAAAGGUCAAUUAUCUGAAAAUGGUUUUCGUGAUGAGGUAAUCGAGCAAGUGAAUGCUCUUGCUUUAGAGUACUUGACGCAUGAAUCAGCAUCUCUAGCAUUCAGUGAUUUAGUAGUGCCAACAGUAUUAUCGUUGAAAAGCUACCUAAAAGCGUGUCGCAAUGCGAAUUAUUCAAGAAAAAUAAAACAACUGUUGGAUAAAAUACAGGAAAAUGCUCGAUUCAUAGACCAAGAACGUCGAAAAAUCACCUUUUCUCUUAAUGAUAUAGCUCAAGUCCAAUCUUGGGAGGCGAAGAUAUAUAAUAAGGGAACACCUUUAGCUAUUUACUAUGAAAGUUGGUUGAAGACACAUGAAACAAAGAAAAGACGUCAAGCUGCUCAAAUUGACAACAUCAAUAUCGAUUAUAAUAUUCCAAGCAUUAAGCGUUUAAGCAAGAAUGGUGUAAAAGUUAGGAAUGAAAAUGGUGAUGUCGAAUUAUUCCCGUCAGAAUCCGAAGAGGACGAACAGUUAUUAACCGGUAUAAAUAAAGACACUAAAGGUAUCAAGAAAAAAAGUAAUCGAAUAAGUAAAUUGGAAAAUAGAAGUCAAAGUAAACAGGUAGAGCCGGAAGCUGAUAUACCACUAGAAGAAUCGGAACAAGAAGAAAUGGUUGACAUAGUAAAGGAGCUUGAUAUCGAAGAUUGGUGAAUAAUGAAAAUACAGACUUUAAGUGCUAAAUAAAUAAUAAAUUUACAUAUAAUGAAUUAAAUUCAAUUUCGUAAAACA